AUGUCAAUGAUGCCUAUAUCAACAAAUGAUCUUUAUCAACAUUAUACAUCAUCAUGGCCAUUUUUAUCCUUAAAUAUACCAUCAAAUCGUCAUCUAUUUCAUUAUACUGAAAAAUAUCGUCCAUCAACAAAUAAUCGUAUAACACGUUUUUAUAUUGAUGAUAUACUUGCUGAUUCAAAACCAUCGACAACGAAUGAUUUAUAUUCAUGUACAACAAAAAAACAUACAGAACGUUGUCGAUCAGUUUCGAAUAGUGAUGAUGGAGAUUUAUUAUCAAAUACACAAAAGAAAAAAAAGAAAAAAGCACGAACAACUUUUACGGGUAAACAAAUAUUUGAACUUGAAAAAAAAUUCGAAGAUAAAAAAUAUUUAUCAUCUACUGAACGAGCGGAAAUGGCAACUUUACUUACUGUUACUGAAACACAAGUUAAAAUUUGGUUUCAAAAUCGUCGUACAAAAUGGAAAAAAACAGAAAAUAUUUCGAAUGCUGAAGCAGCUGAACAUAAAUUAGGUACAAGAAAAAUGUCAUCAACAUCAACAACAUCAUCAUUAGAACAUAAUCGUAAUCAACCUAUUCAAUUAGCAACAGGUGGUAGUAUAAGCAGCAAGAGUAGUAGUUGUAGCUCGGUUAGUUCUCAUCGAUCAGAUGAACAAAUUUAUAGUGCACCACCAGCUCCACCACCUCCGCCACUUCCAUUACUUUAUUUUAAUCCAUUUUCACAAUUACUUCAAUCAUCAUGUUCAUCAAAUCAAGAAAAAUUAUUUUCAACAUCAUUUGAUGAACGUUGUUGUUCAAUUUCAACUUCACCUGAAUCUCCUUUAACAACAUCUGAAAAUAAUCAUUGUUUACCUUCUAGUAGUUCGACACCAGUAAAUGACAAUAGUGAAGAUCGAGAAGAAAAUGAAAAUAUCAAACCACAAUGUUUAACUAAACAAAGACCUUGUUCAAGAUAA